AUGAAGGGCCUUGCUAUACUCUCCGCUCUCUCGAGCGUAGCAUGGGCUAAACAUGCAGUCAAGACAGGCCUCGAUGUUCUCAUCCAGAGCAACUACACCCAGUUAGCUGGGCGUAAGGUCAUCGCGUUGACUAAUCCUACAGGUGUGACACCUGAUUUGGAUCUUGGUGUUGAUGUUAUGUUCAAUUCUGGCGCUGUCAACCUUGUCGGCGUCAUGGGUCCCGAGCAUGGAUUCAGAGGUACAGCCCAAGCUGGUGGCUCGGAAGGGACUUUUGUUGACCCAGGCACUGGUCUGACUGUUUAUGAUGCGUACAAUGUUAACACGAGCACAAUUGUUAGCUAUAUUAAGGAAUCUGGAGCGGACACUGUCCUAUUUGACAUACAAGAUGUUGGAGCACGCUUCUAUACGUAUACCUGGGCUUUAUAUGAUACAAUGGUGGCCGCAGCCGUUGCAAACGUUAGCUUCGUGGUCGUAGACCGACCGAACCCUAUCACAGGUGUGAAUGCAUUUGGUCCAGUACUCAAUGAAAGCUAUGCAUCUUAUGUGGGCCGGCGUCCUAUUGCUCAAGCUCACGGCAUGACAACCGGAGAAUUGGCAUCAAUGUUCGUUGGGGAGAAGUGGAUAAAGCAAGCCGCGAACGGUUCAGAUUUGAUUUUAGAGGUCAUUCCAAUGAAAGGAUGGAAGAGAUCGAUGACAUGGAAAGAUACUGGUCUUCCCUGGGUCAUGCCCAGUCCAAAUAUGCCUACUCCGGACACGGCGUUGAUAUACCCCGGCGCCUGCAUGUUUGAAGGAACGAGCAUUUCCGAGGGACGUGGAACUACUCGACCGUUCGAGCCGCAGUUACUCGGAGGUUCUUUCACGAACGGAUCGUGGGUCGAAAAAAUGCGAUCACUCAACAUUCCUCACACCAAUUUCCGAUCUGCAUGUUUCAGCCCGACAACAUCCAAGUUCCAGUCACAGACCGUAUGCGGUCUCCAAAGUUACGUCUUCCUCGAUUCCACUCGCGAUUAUGAGGAGUUCGAUUCAGUUUACCUAGGAGUAUCUUUGCUCUGGAGUGCCAAACAUCUCUACACCGUUGGCAAUAACGACACGGGCUUUGGGAACACGACGCAAAGCUUCCACUGGCUAUUCAAUGGUUCCAACACGAGUCGGUACGAUGUGGAUGUGUUGGCUGGUGGUCCAUUGGUUCGGGAGGGCAUUGAAGCUGGACUUUCGCCUGAUGAGAUUCGCUCACAGUGGGAGGCUGACCUACAGGCUUUCAGAAAGAAACGAGCAUCUUACCUAUUGUACUGA